AUGGAUGUUUAUGUAAUGAAGACUUUGGAGUGCUUGUGGAUGGUGUGCCACAUGGGUACUUUCCAGCUUCUCGAGGGCUGCGACAAGGGUUCCAAACCUAGCCUGUUGAUUUUAGCUGAAGAAGUGCUAAGCCGGGACUUGGUAUCAUUGAAAAUGAUAACAUUUUACCAUGCUUCGAGAUCGUGCCCAGCACUCUCCUACUUUCUCUUUGAUAACGAUGUUCUAAUAUUAUAUAAUAGCCAUAAACGGAAUCUUAAGAAGCAGAAAAUCUUUCUGGAAAGAAGUAAGAAGCUGAUUGUAAUGUUGUAA